AUGGAACUUCAAUGACUUCUUACACUCAUUCAUGAUUGUCUUUCGAGUUCUGUGUGGGGAAUGGAUUGAUUCUAUGUGGAAAUGUUGCAAUGUUGCUGGUUGGCCCUGCGUACCAUUUUUCCUUCUAACGUAUAUCAUAGGAAAUUUGGUGGUGCUGAAUCUGUUUCUUGCCUUGUUGCUCAGCUCGUUUGGGACAGAGAGCCUCUCAGGUUCUGAGUCGGCUGAUGAACCAAACAAGAUUUCAGAAGCCAUUGAUAGAUUCAG